AUGAAUAAUACCACUCGAUCACAGUUAAAAUUACAAGAAUAUCACAUUUCUGAUUUAUUACAUUGUUCUCCUUCCCGAACACGUAGUAAUACUCCUUCUAAUUGUAAACAGUCAAGAAUUCAUUUAUUAUCUCAACAAAAUUCAUUAACAACUAUGCCAACCUCUCAAUCAACAUUGGAAUCGGUUGAAGAGAAAAAACCUAAUGAUGAUAUGUCUUCAUUGUAUAGUAAUUCGACAUUACAAUCAUUGAGAGAGCAAGAAAAAAUAGCUCUACAAUCUAUUAAUAAAUUAACUGAAGAUGAAAUGACUCAGAUAGAUCAAUGGUUAUUUAUUUUACAUAAUACGUAUGAAAAUUUGGAAUAUCCAUCAUCACUCCGUGUGUUUCAAGCAACUACAUAUCUUAAUGAUGAACAACAAUUAUGGUAUGAACAGACAAAAGCUGAAAUUAAUAAUGAUUGGUCACACUUUUGUGAUCGAUUAAAACGGCAUAUUCAGGAUCGUCAGAAAACUCAAAUAAACUCAUCAUCAAUGAAUCAUCCAUUAUCUGAUAUUAAUGAAAUAACUUCGUUGGAAAAUCUUAUUGAUACAAAAUUUAUUAAAUAUUCUGGUAUAGGUGAUGCCAAGGCCUGGAUAUUACAAGCAAUGAAUCAAUUUAAACAACAUGGUUUACGUCGUAUAGAACAAUUUCAAUCUAUACCAUUUUUAUUAAUUGAUGAAGCUUAUUUGUGUAAAUUAUUUCUCCAACAAUAUUCAUCUACAUCACCACCAGCACAAAAUAAUAUUCCUAUUGAGGCGGAUGUACCGUCAAAUUCUAUUUCUAGCUCUUUAUCUACAUCACAUUUACAACGCACAAUUGCCGAUGAAAUUAUUAAAAAACCAACAUAUUUUCGUGGUUCAAAAGAUGAUGUUCGUGAAUGGUUAGAGAAAUUAGAACAACGUUUUCAAAUGGCAAAAUGGAAUGAUGAACAAAAAUUACAAUAUAUUUCAAUCCAUUUACAAGAUGAUGCA